CAUCUUCACUUCUUCUUAGUUCUGAAAAAAAUUCUAAAAAAAAAACAUAAAAAUGGGAAGAGCACCAUGUUGUGUUAAAGAAGGAUUACGUAAAGGGCCAUGGUCUACUAAAGAAGAUUUAUUACUUACUAAUUAUAUCAAUCAAUAUGGUGAAGGCCAAUGGAGAUCUUUGCCUAAAAAUGCUGGAUUGCUUAGGUGUGGAAAAAGUUGUAGACUAAGAUGGGUGAACUAUUUGAAGCCAGGGAUUAAAAGAGGAAAUUUUAGUGAAGAUGAAGAAGAUCUUAUAGUGAGAUUACAUUCACUUUUGGGUAAUCGUUGGUCAUUAAUUGCCGGACGAUUACCCGGUCGAACAGAUAAUGAAAUCAAGAAUUAUUGGAAUACGCAUUUAAUCAAGAAGCUCAAAAGCACAGGAAUUGAACCAAAACCCCACAAGAAUUUUACCAAAAAGGAGAAAUCAAGAAAAAAAGUGGGGAAGAAAAGCAACAAUGAGAAGUUUAAGGGUCAAGUUGUACAAGUUGAGAAGAUUAAAGUAUUUGCACCAAAGCCCAUAAGGAUUUCUUGUGGGAUUUUAAGGAACAAUAGUUUUGAAAAUGAUACAUUGAGUACUACUACUUGUUCCUCAAAUAGUAAUUUUGAAAAAGUUGAUGUUGGAAAAGACAAGGAAAAAGAGGUGAAAUUAUUUCCAAGGGAAUUAGAUUUUGGUGAAUUACUUGAAGGGGAUGGAUUUUUUGAUGAAUUUCUUAUGGGAGAAAGCUGCAAAUUUUCAAACAAAGUGGAAAUGAAUGAUAAUAUGGUGGAAAAAGUUUAUGAAGAAUAUCUUCUACUUCUUUCUGAAAUUCAAGAAGAUCAAAAGGAGCAAAAAUUCUUAAUGUAAGUUU